AUGAGUUGGUUCAACGCAUCUCAUCUGUCCACUUUUGCCAAACAAGCAUUAACAACAGCUCAGAAAUCAAUCGAUCGUGUUUUGGACAUAAAAGAAGAGGGCCAAUGGAGUGACCUGACUGUGUUGCCGUAUGAAGAUGUAACAUUACCUGAAAAGUUGUCAUUAAGUGGAGGAUGGGGGAUGACCCAGUGGGAAGCACCACCUGAAGAAAAGACUUUAACUCCACCUCCCUCUGAGGCCAUCACUACACCUGUCACCCGCACUGUUGUGGAUGAAUCUGAAAACUUUUUUAGUGCCUUCCUGCCACCCGGAGAUGUGCAAUGUGUCACCUCAUCCCAGGUAGUGUCUGUACCUCCUGCUAAAUCUCAGAGACAGCCUCAGGAAACCAAGAAUAACAGCAAAAAUGUUAUGUUGAUGAAGAAAGUAGAGACCCAAAAGACCACGUCUGCUGAUUCGUCUCACGAUUGUCAGACAGUUGUUGAUGGCCAACUAGUGGAGCUUGAAUCCUUGGACCAGGAAGCUAUUCUUCUCCAACCAGUUUCUCCCAUUGAAAAUUGUGGUGACAUUUCCUGCAGCUCAGACGACACAAGGACCAAUACAAGCAGAGUGCAACAAAACUCUGUCACUGAAGUUUCUGCUGACUGUAACAUAGAGUGGUCACAGAUUCAAUUGGAAUAUCCGGUUGGCAAAAAUCCCUCAGAUUCUUCUGAAUCUUGUACAUCUUCGAAAUGUAAAAAGACUGAUCCACCAGCGUCUCAAUCUUCCAAGGAUGUACAGUUAGAGCAAAAAGACUCAAAGCCAGAAGACCGUCAGAGUGACACCCCCUCCCCUCCGGUUAGUGCCUUCUCUUCAGGAACAUCUACUACUAGUGACAUUGAAGUACUGGACCAUGAGAGUGUCUUGAGUGAGAGCUCAGCCAGCUCUAGACAAGAGACAGGAGAGGGAAAAGCUGGCCUUCAUUUGAUGCAUGGCUCGUUCCAACUUCUUUCCACUUCAGCGUGUGGAGAUUUCCCUCGCCUGGAAGACUACCCAAAACUCACAGAGAGUUGCGGUUCAUCUUCAGAUGCAUUUGAGCGCAUUGAUUCAUUCAGUGUACAGUCGCUGGAUAGUCGGAGUGUCAGUGAGAUUAACUCGGAUGACGAGAUCCCUGGCAGUCGGACACUUGCUUCCGUGACUUCGGGUGCUGCCCCUCAAACAGAUGUUUCAUCAGAUGUUUGUGAGAAGCAGGAAUGUGAAUUGGUGGAAAGGACACAUGAGGUAAAAGAGAAGACUGAAGAGUGUUUCACUGCACCUGUGAGGGAGCAGUCCGUGGACGAGAUGGAGGAGAGUGGACGGAGUGUGACGCCUGUGAAUUGUGAACAACCGGAACAUUUGGUGGAGCAGGAACACGAACUGGAGGCAAAUGUUGCACAGUCUGAUUCAGAGUUUAUUUCGCCAAACACAGAGGAAAGUAAAGGUGAUUCUACAGUCAAGAUUCUUGAACUGCAGAAGGUCAUUAUUGAGCUGACUGGCCGCCUUGAAAAGAGAGAAUCUCAGCUGCUGGCAGUCAGCAAGGACAAGGCUGGACUGGAGGAACAGUGUGACAAUCUUAGAGAUGAAAUUAUAGCUCUAAAAGAGGAGAGCUCCACAGUUCAAUCCUUAAAGGAUGAAUUUACACAGCGCAUAGCGGACACUGAAAGGAAAGCUCAGCUGGCUUGUAAAGAGAGAGAUAUAGCCAAAAAGGAAAUUAAAGGCCUUCGAGAAGAACUAUCUCUAAGACUCAAUUCCAGAGAUACAAUGGAGCUCAUCAAAGAGAAGGAAGAACAGAUCAGAGGCCUGCUUGAAGAAGGUGAAAAGUUGUCCAAACAACAGCUUCAGCAUAGUAAUAUCAUCAAAAAGCUGCGUGUGAAGGAGAAGGACAGUGACACAAGACUCGCCAAGCAGCAGAAGAAAAUCAAGGAGCUGGAGGAUGAGCUUGGACACCUACAGCAGGUAUUGGAGGGGAAGGAAGAAGUUGAAAAACAGCACAGAGACAACAUCAAGAAACUGAACACAGCUGUGGAGUGUCAUGAGAAGGAACAGAGCAGACUGCAGACGAGCUCUGAGGAGCUGCUUGAGAAGAAUAGAAGUCUCCAGGCAGCACUUGAUAACUCCUACAAGGAAAUAGCAGAGCUUCAUAAAGCUAAUGCAAGCAGAGCUAGUGAGGUUGAAGCAGCAGCUCUCAGUAGGGAGAUACAGGUCAAGGAGUUGCAAACCUCGGCCCUCGAGAAGGCCCAGGAGGAGGCCAGGAUGCAGCAGGAGGCUCUUGUCAACCAGGUGGCUGACCUGAGAAUGGCACUUCAGAGGGCAGAGCAACAGCAGGCACGGAAAGAAGAUUAUUUGAGGGAGGAGAUCAGUGAUUUGCAGCAGAGGCUCCAAGAGGCCGGGUCAAGGAACCAGGAGCUCAGUCAAAGUAUUACUUCAGCAACGAGGCCUUUGUUGCGUCAAAUUGAGAGCCUGCAGGCUUCACUGGGUGGACAAACGGCAUCAUGGGAAAAAUUAGAGAAGAGCAUGUCUGAUAGGCUUGUUGAAGCCCAGGCACAACUAGCUGUUGCAGUUGAGAAGGAACGUGCCGCAACAGAAGAAAUGUUCUCCAUUAAGUGCCAGCUGGCCUCGCUUGAGUCCCAGAAUUCCUUGCUUCGCCAGGAAAAGGUCAGACUCAUGACACUUGUGGAGACUGAGAAGAGUAGAAGAGAAAAACUGGAAGAUGAAAGCAGCAGGGAGCAUAUUGAGUUGGCAAAUCUGCAAGGAGAGCACAGUCGCAUGCUUGAAGAAGCAAAGAAAGAAAAGCUCCUGCUCUCUAAUCAACUAGAGAUGGAGAAAAUGAAGGUGGAACAGGAGAAGAAAAAAUGUUACUUGGCACAAGAGGCACUCAAAGAAAAGGUAUGGGGGAAGAUAUGGAAGAAGGAUUUUAGUAUAACCCAUGAUCCCCCAGCUUCUUCCACACCUUCACUGUCCCGCUCUAGUUCCAUCAAUGGGGUUGACAAUGCUGGUUUGCACUCAUCUAUAUUCUCACAGGAUGACUCUUCAGACCAUAAUAUGGGAAGUGGGAACAUGUCCAUGUCAAUGAGUGGAACCAACUUGUAUGAAGCCGCUCGCCUGUCUGGUGGCUCCAGCAUCAUAGAGAAUAUGCAGUCCCAACUCAAACUGAGGGAAGGAGAGAUCUCACAGUUACAGCUUGAGAUUUCUAGUCUGGAAAGGAGUCGUUCUGUGAUGGCAGAGGAGUUGGUACGACUCACUAAUCAAAAUGACAAGAUGGAGGAGCAGGUUACAGAGAUCCCCAAGUUGAGAACUGAACUCAAGGAUCUGCAGCAGAGGCACAACACCAUCUUGCAAAUGUAUGGAGAAAAAGCUGAAGAGGCAGAGGAGCUAAAGUUGGACCUUGAAGAUGUCAAGAGCAUGUUUAAAACCCAAAUUGAUGAACUGCUGAAGAACCAGAAAUAA